CUGUGUCGCAGUUUAGUUCAUCAUUUCCAGUCAAGCAGCCAUCUUCUCCACUCAAAGAGAAGAUUUUAAAGUGUUGCAGGAUGGCUGACUAUUCCAGCGUGGCUCCUCCGCAGAAUGCAGGGGGUGGAAUGAACGAUGCUUUUAAAGAUGCCCUGCAACGGGCGAGACAAAUCGCAGCUAAAAUUGGAGGAGAUGUGGGUGGUGCACCCCCUCCGCCAAGCAACGAGUUUAGUUAUGGAGGCCAGAAGAGGCCAUUGGAAGAUGCAGAUCAACCAGAAACAAAGAAAGUAGCUUCUCAGAUGGACCCGUAUGCAUCGAUGAUGGGGGGAAUGAGUGGUCCUCCAAGAUCUCUCUCUGAGGAUUUCAAGGUUCCAGAUGGGAUGGUUGGAUUCAUUAUUGGGAGGGGAGGAGAGCAGAUAUCCCGACUGCAGCAGGAAUCUGGUUGCAAAAUACAGAUUGCCCCUGACAGUGGUGGUAUGCCCGAGAGGUCUGUGACAUUAACGGGUUCCCCGGAUUCAAUCCAGGCUGCAAAGCGGUUGCUAACAGAGAUUGUAGAAAAGGGCCGGCCCGCACCAUCGUUCCACCAUAACGAUGGCCCAGGGAUGUCAGUUGAGAUUCUCGUCCCUGCGUGCAAAGCUGGACUUGUCAUAGGAAAAGGAGGGGAAACCAUAAAACAGCUGCAGGAACGUGCUGGAGUGAAAAUGGUGAUGAUUCAAGAGGGGCCGCAAAACACGGGGUUAGACAAACCUCUCCGCAUCUCCGGGGAGCCUUUUAAAGUUCAGCAAGCCAAAGAGAUGGUGAUGGAAAUCAUACACGAUCAGGGUGGCCGGGAGCAGCGGAAUGAGUAUGGGUCCAGAAUGGGCGGGGGAGGGGGAGGGGGAGGAGGAGGAGGAGGAGGCGGCGGAGGAGACAUGGAUGUAAGUGAAGAGGUUCCGGUCCCAAGGUUUGCUGUGGGAAUAGUGAUCGGAAGGAAUGGCGAAAUGAUCAAGAAGAUCCAAAAUGAUACCGGUGUCAGGAUUCAGUUUAAACCAGAUGAUGGCUCCAUGCCGGAGAGGAUAGCCCAGAUAAUGGGGCCCCCUGACCGCUGUCAGCACGCUGCCGAGAUCAUCUCUGACCUGCUGAGGAGCGUGCAGUCCGGGGGCCCACCGGGACCCGGGGGCCGCGGCAGGGGCAGGGGCCAGGGCAACUGGAACAUGGGCCCGCCUGGGGGGCUGCCAGAGUUCGUCUUCACCGUCCCCGCCAUGAAGACUGGACUCAUCAUCGGGAAAGGUGGCGAGACCAUUAAAAGCAUCAGCCAGCAGUCGGGAGCCCGGAUAGAGCUCCAGAGAAACCCCCCUCCGGGUGCCGACCCCAGUCUGAAGAUAUUUACCAUCCGCGGCUCGCACCAGCAGAUCGACUACGCCAGGCAGCUGGUGGAGGAAAAGAUCGGAGGUCCAGUCAGCCCGAUGGGCGGUCCCCAUGGCCCCCCGGGCCCACAUGGAGGUCCCGGUCCACAUGGCCCACCAGGUCCGCCAGGGCCCCCUGCACAAAUGGGACCUUACAACCCUGGACCCUAUAACCAGGGUCCUCCUGGACCUCAUGGUCCACCUAAUCCUUACCCACCCCAAGGCUGGGGCAAUGGCUUCCCCCACUGGCAGCAGCAGGGACAGCAGGACCCCGGUGAGUGCAAGGCAGCAGCCGAUGCUAACGCUGCGGCCUGGGCGGCGUACUACUCCCAGUACCAGCAGCAGCAGCCCCCAGCUCCCAUGGCUCCUGCCAGCGCCGCCCCUGGCGCGGCUCAAACCAACGGGCAAGGUGACCAGCAGGCUCCAGUUCAGAGUGGACAGGCAGAUUACACCAAGGCCUGGGAGGAAUAUUACAAGAAAUUGGGUCAGCAGGGUCAGCAGCCUCAGGACUACACCAAGGCCUGGGAGGAGUACUACAAAAAGCAAGGUCAGGCGGCCCCUCAGGCCGCUGCAGCUGCCGCCCCCCAGUCGGGGGGCCAGCCGGACUACAGCGCCGCCUGGGCUGAGUACUACAGGCAGCAGGCGGCCUACUAUGGACAGGGCAGCCCGCAGGCCAUGCCCGGGGCUCCCCAAGCGCAGCAGGGCCAGUAAUGUGAAGUGGACAUAGAGUAUUUGCUUCCUUGUCGAAAAAACCUUUGUUAAAUGUUUGGAUGCAGACGCCUUGAUGAAGAUCUUAAUUUCUCUGGUAUAAAGUGUUUAAAAAAACAGAAAACAUGACAAACGCUCCGGAGGCAGUUUUUUUUUUCUUGUACAAAAAUGAACGGUUUGUUUUUAGUGUGGUGAUAGAAUUUUGGACAUUCCAGCUCCUGUAUUUCAUAUUGUGGUCAAUUCUCAUGUUUAUAAACUGUAGUAAUUUUCAUGUAAAUCAUCUCAGUUUUAAAAUUACAUGCCUGUUGUGUUUUGCAAUAAAACAAAAUGAAACCUCCUGUGUUGGUAAGUUGGGUGAGAAAGUAUGGGUUAAAUGAAAUCUUGCAAGUUCCCUGGUAGACAGAAAGCCUAAAUGCAGACUUUUCUUUUGACUGUCCAAAUUUGCUGACUGAAAGUUCCGGUAUCCUGUCUGUCUUCAACGUUUCCAGUGUGGCUCAUGGUCUUAUUUUGAAUGGUUUUGUUUUAGACUGGUUUGAGAACUGCUUCUUGUGAAUUGCAGGGACAACCGAGGCCCUCGUUUCCGUAACCGACUUAGUUUAUAUAUACAUAUAUUUUUUAAAAUCAAUGUUCUGCUAGCAUUUCUCUAUCGGCAUAGGCCUAUGUAUCCGCCUUGAAUGGCCUUGAUUGCAAGCUGUGUGACACAUGCAAUAACCUAGUACUGUAGUGUUUGAUUGUACUGUACUUUACCCUGAUCUCUAUGUGAGGAAGGCUGUACUGUUCAUAAUGAGAACAACUUCUUCCCUCACAGGCAAGGUUAGAAAUGCGGUAAGCAAGCAUAUUUUUAAAUGUUCCCUGAAAUGUGACUCUGUUACAGACAUUUUAGUUGGUCUGUUGCUUUUUUUUACAGCACAGGUAAAUGUGUUCUAAUUGAUAAUUCUUUGCAAAGUACUGAAUUGUUCUUCCCAUUUUAACAUUUUAUAAGCCAUUGUUUUUUUGUAUAUAUUUGCUGGCUUCUCUCUCUUUUUAAAAAAAGAAAUACCCUAUGAUUAAAACAUUAUGAAUGCAAAAUCGAUUUACUUUUGCCAUUGUCUGUGAACGUGCAUCCAGCAUAGGCCUGUAGGUUUUUAGGGGUGAGGACGCGUACGCUGUUCUUCACCCGCGAUUUGAGCCUUCGUGGGGCAUUACCACUGUAAGUACAAAUAUUGAGUCGUUUCCGAAACAACCGGUUCCUGUUUCUCUUUCAAUGCAUUUCUUUGAGAGAAAAAUGAACAAUUCCCAAUUGUUUGAACAAAAAUUGUUGGAAUUUUUGUAGAUUGUUAGGUUGGGUAAGUAUCAGAAAUAUUCCCCCAAAAUAUUGCGUGCAAUUGCAAUUGCUGACAAGAUUCCUGAACUUUAAAGUAAUACCUGUUAAAGUUCUGGAUUGUAUAGUUGAUCUUGCCUUGCCGUAACCACAGUGAUGUGUAUUUAGACUGUCAAGCAACUGAAACCCUGGCAUUGUAGUUCUGUUUCUUUUAGACUGCCUCUUAUGAGAGCUUGCAGGUCUGUCUACUGUUUCGAACACCGAAAUGUGAGUUGACUCAUGUGAGCCUGUUCUGUCGAAUUGCGGAUUGAUACAUGUACAGUUUCGUAGAAUCUGUUUGCAGGGAAUGCUGAAUUUAAUGCAAUUGAAAGUAUUUCACCAUAAGUCCUAAAAUGGUUGAGAACAAACUGAGAUCACCAUGUUCCAAUUUCAAUGUCGCUAAGCCUCAUUCUCGUGAGUUCUCCGUUCACCUGCAUAAAUUUACACGUCCAGCUCAUGUUCUAGCAUGUGAAGUUGUCUCUGUCGGUAUACUUAUUCCGCAUGUAGUACUUCAAAUGGUUAGGUAUGUUGAAAGUGCAAAACGUUGCGCAUUGAAUUGAUCACAACCUGCCUGAUAUGCCAUUACGUUAUAGAGCAUUUUUUUGUACUGGCGGCUGUUGUCUUGAGUUUUUACUGAUUGCAAACAGUGCAAUAUUUAAUUUUUGCAGUGUCACCCAGACCUUGCACCUUAGGUUCUGCUGCAGUAAUACAGGUAAGCAUAACCUAAGGACACCAGUGUUUGACCUGUGAAUGAUCUGUUUCUGACUUGCCUUGUCGAAGUAACAGUGAAUGUAGACUGCAAUGUGUAGGACAAGUUAAAGUAAGAGGUGUCAAUCUCCUUGAUCAGUGUAUUGCGACUGCUAGAAAAACACAUAGCAGCAGCCUUCAUGUAUUCAGUUCAGGAAUGUGAUGUGCAUGGCAGUUGAAUUGUGUACGUUAUUGGCCGUUAGUUUGACAGAAGCCUGUAAAAAUAUACCGUUAAGACCGAGCGUGAUGAUUGGCUAGGUUUUAGGAUUGUGACCUACAUAUUUUUCAUAAUUGGAUCAGUAUGUUUUUUUUGUACGAUUUCAUGUAGAUCAGCUUGUCCAUGAUAAGUGUAUAGUACAUUCAUUAGCUCCUGGUAAGUCCAAUUCUGUGUUGUGCAUAGAGCUGUAGGCAUUGCUUUCUCUCCUUAAUGUCACUGAGACGUACUGCAUGCAGUAACGAGCUUUCAGUAAAUAAGGGUAGCCCUGUGCUUAUUAAUGAUGUAUCCAAAGACCGUACAAUUCAUGACCAUGCUUGCCACCUGUGAUGUAGUUUGAUGCCCCGUUUCUGUAGUGCCUAUCUUUUAAAAAUGCUGCCUUCAUUUUCACACACAGUGUUGAAGAUGCUGCAAGCAUAGGUCGUAGAAUCAGGCCGUGAGCUAGUUUGUCCCUAAGGAAGAAUCCUUUGAAUCUUUUCCGCUGGUGAACGUAGACCAAUCAAGCCCUCCAGUUCUAAGGUAAUCUUGAGGAACUGUUGUGAUUGCAAAAGUGAUGAUGAUGCUGUAUGUUCAGGGACUGUGAUGUCAUCAACUUUGAACUCAAAAGCUUGCUAUGUAGUCUAAAUUGUUAUGCCAUAAAACGUUAGUGUAUGAUUUAAAUCCAGUAAUCCCAGCAGUUAAAAAUCGUCUGCAUCUGCUUUUCUCUUGACAAUUACCAAAUGGGGUUUCGAUAUUCACGUAAAUGCUUUUGUUCGAUUUAGACCAUUAGGCACUUUUUUUUUUUUGUCUGUGUUGACUUCAUCAGCAACAGGAUGGUUUUUGGCAGUAAAUUGGAUAGUUUAAGGUGUCUGUAUCAAUCUAAUCUUGCAAGUAAAUUGUUGCCCAUUUGGGUGUGCAUAUAUAUAUAUAUAUAAAUUCAUAUGCAUGAUAUGCGAUGAGAUGGUGUUUCCUUCUGAGGGACGUGUUCUCAACAGAAUAUUCGUGGGGGUGUAUAAAAGAAGACAAAAAGAAGCUUAACUGAGAAAUAUGGAAAAGGGGGAGCAUGCAUUAGAGGUAAACAAAAAUCUGCAAUGUGCUGUGUAUAUUUUUUCAUGUACUUUUUAGAAAUGCCUGUUCAGAUUAACUGUAAUAUUGUUCCCAUGUUAAAAAAUAAAUUUGUAACGAUGAAUUA